UGUGUGCUAGAUAAUGACACUGUAAUUUGCAACAAUUAUGGGCGGAUGGUAGGCAUUUGUGUUUAUUUGCAUUUAACUCAUAUAGGUGAAUAUUGGUUCUAAAGUAAUAAUAAAACAAAUGUUCCUUAAUAUUAUGUUUUUUAAGGUGAAGGUUAACUCACAAAGAGUGUGAUUAUUUGUUUUUUAUUUCAAUAAUGAUUAAUUCAGCUGCAGCGCAGUCUCCGUGUUUGUUCCCAGACAGGGCGCUGUCUCUUUAAACGUACGCGCCGAUGACGUACGUCGUGCGUCAUGCGUCAUGACGCCACUCAGCAAAAAUACCCUGCGGCCAUUGUCCGCUCUGUAGAGAAAGGUGAUUGCAAGUAGAGGAUUUAAUAGCCUCCUCAAAACGUCACUGCCAAUACAAUGGCUUGACUGACUGCUACUGACAGUGUCUGAAAAUCCACAGCCACGAUGAUCUGCAUCAUAAUGGGCGUUUCAGGCUCCGGAAAGUCUGUAUACAGUCAGCUGAUAAUUCUAAGCACCCUGGGUGCUUUUCUAUCAGAAAAGCUGGGCUGGCCUCUGCAUGAUGGGGAUAGCUACCACCCACAGGAAAACAUUGAGAAAAUGUCUCGAGGUGAAGCGCUCACAGAUCAGGACAGAUUGCCGUGGCUUCUCAAACUGCACGAAGUCAUUCAGAGAGCCAGGACCUCAGGCUCAGAUGCUCUCGUGGUGUGCUCCGCCCUGAAGCGCCUGUACAGGCAGAUCCUGCUCCACGGCUCUAAAGCCCUCACGGCCUCUUCCGGUCCAGACCCAGAAAUCCUCCCUCCGCUCCCCGAUGUCUUGUGUCUUUUCCUACACGGUGACUAUGAUCUCAUCCACCAGAGGAUGCUGGCCCGGAGGGGACACUACAUGAAGGCAGACCUGCUGCGCUCCCAGUUCGAUGCUUUGGAGCCUCCUUUGGAGGACGAGAACGUGUUGGUGCUAGACGUCAGGAGGAGCAUCGCGGACAUGGCCACGGAGGUUGAGCAGCGCAUUAUCAGCCGCACGUUGUCGCCAGCAGUCACAGAGCUGCAGCAGCAGCUGAAGUGAAGGUUGAUGGGAACUUAAGGAAUGAUUUAAAGCACCAAGGAGCCUAAUGGAGCAUUUCAGAGCUGCUAGUGUGACGGAACUUUUAAUGUGGCUAAGAUGGUCUGUGUGAUGCUGGACUUUAUUUGUGUCAUUACAAUAAAUAUCCCUGUUUCAUA